AUGCGGCGACGCGAUUGGGCGGGCUCGCGCGAUAUUUCGCCGGUGGACGCAGCGGAGUCGCGUCGCUUGUGGGCUUAUCGCGACGCGGCCCCCGUGUUCACUUCUUGCAACGGUGUGAUGCGCGGCCGUCCGUACGAAUUUCAAAAUUCGAAUAGCGCGUUCCGAACGAACGCGGCGGCGGGACCGUACUAUCGGCGCUCGAACGCAAUCCGCGCCAAUUGGUUCGCGGAGCGCGUUUCCAUUUUACGACGUGCACUUUAUCGCGGGCCGUGGGACUGCGGGCUGGUGCUGGGCGGGCGUUAUCGGGCCCCGCCAGACGCCGUCCCCGGCAACUCGAUAUGCCUGUUUCGGCUACAACGGCAUCUCGGCAUCGCAAUCGCCGGCCAUCGGGAGUCGGCGGCGCGGCCCGGGAGAUGGCUCUGCCCCCGUCGCGAGAUACGGCGGGUGUCCGCGCGCGAUAAGCCCCUGCGCCCCGAUGCAAGCGGCGCGCCUCGACGCCCGCGCGGUGGCCACGCUUCUGCGUUCGUCGGGACUGCCCCA